UUUUAUCUUUCUCUUUUUCUUCGUAUUGGAUGGAAUACUUUAAAGAGACAAGUUUAUCUUCUUCCCGUAGACCAGAAUUAUUACCUGAUGAGUCUAUUUUAAUACAACAAGGCCAUGUUGGUCUUUAUAAAGGAAAAGAAAAACUCAAUCAUUACCAAGAUGGUAUUUGUUACUUGACUUCGCAUCGCAUCAUCUAUGUAGACAACACACACCCUUUAGAAUACUCGGUCGAACUCAGUCUAAGUCUCAUCAAAGACAUUGAAAACUAUAGUGGAUUUUUAAGAUCGUCACCUAAAAUCAUUAUUGAUGUCAAUGAAAGUCAACCUGUAGAAACAAACAACACGACAUGGGCUUGUUCCAUCUGUUUCUUUUCAAACAAAGCAACAGCAGAUACAUGCGAACUAUGCGGUGUCCGAAACGAACAUGUAGACAAGGUCGUGCCUGUUCAGGCCCAUGUGGAUGAUAGUAGUACAUGCACUAUCUGUACGUUUCAGAAUCAUCCAAGUAUGGUUCAAUGUGAAAUGUGUGGAUCCGAUUUACCUAGAGCCAUCACCACAUAUACCCAUGGACCAGGACAAGUACGUUUGUCUUUUCGACAUGGAGGACAAGCUGCCUUUCUAAAUAAACUCAAACAAGCACUCCAAGUCAAACAAUGGGAAAAGGCUAAAAACACACCUACAACACCUACUGCAGUCCGUGGUGUUGGUAUCAAUGCCAUUGAAGACAGAAUCAAAAAGACAACACUUGAAACCAAUGAGACCAUGACGGAUGCUUUCCAAGAUCUAGACAGGCUGAUGACAAAAGCAACUGAAAUGGUCAAAUUAGCAGAAUCGAUAUCGAACAAAGUCAGUAAAGAUCAAGAUAAUGAAUUGUCCACACUGCGUACGCAUUUACUUGCCUUGGGUAUUGCUUCACCCGUGACAAAAGGUUCUGCAGGGUCAAUUUAUCAUCAAGAAUUAGCCAAAGAAUUGGCUGAUUUCCUAAGCAAGUUUUUUGAUAGAGAUGACAUGAAAUCCUUAACUGAUAUCUAUUGUCUGUUUAAUCGAGCAAGAGGUGUUGCCUUGAUUUCACCUGAGGAUUUAUACAAAGCAAGUCAACAAUUUGAAGCACUCAAACUACCUUUUCGAUUACGCCAAUUCUCAAGUGGAUUACUAGUGAUUCAGUCAAUUGAUAUGGAUGAUACAAGAGCAGCUUCUCGUAUACUCAAACAUGUCAAAAACCAAGGCGUAUUGACGGCUAUUCGACUAGCUGAAAUAGAGGAUUUAGCAUUGGCAGUGGCUACAGAACAAUUGAUCGUGACUGAGCGUAUGGGACUUAUUUGCCGUGAUGAAGGGCCAACUGGCUUAAGUUAUUAUGAAAAUUUAUUUGUGUUAUAAAUAUAUAUAUAUAUAUAUAUCAGGCAUUGGGAUCCCAUUGUGCAUCUUUAGCAUGUUGUUCUGCUAUAUUUUGAAAAUAAGCUUG